AUGUCCAAAUUUUUCAAAAAGAAACCUGUUGAAUCGAAAUGGGACCUACGAAAAUCAAAUUCGCAAGUUCUAAAUAUAGAGGAUAAAUGCAGAUGUUCAUAUAGAUUACCAAAUGGUUUAAAGGGGAUCGCAAAAGCAACUGUUGCAUUUUCAACAUCAUUUUCAUAUUGUGAAUUAUUUAUAACUAAUGGAAAUGGAGAAAAAAUAUGUUUUGGUUUAACUAAUAAUGAUCAUCCAAUUGAUAUCUAUCCAGGUUAUUUUAGAUCGUCAUAUGGUUAUAUGGGUGAUGGUAAAAUAUAUGGAGGCACAGGAGAGGGUAAAGUUUAUGGGCCAACAUUCACAGCAGGAGAUGUUAUUGGUUGUGGUUAUGACUCAUCAGCAAAAACUAUAUUUUUCACCAAGAAUGGUGUAUAUUUAGGGUCGGCAUUCCAAAAAGUUUCACUUUCAAGUAAUAUGUAUCCAACUGUGGGUUUACAAUCACCAGGGGAAGCAGUAGUGAUUAAUUGUGUACCACCAUUUUCAUAUCGUGGUGCAUCCGAUAAACUAAGUAAACAACAGGUUAACAAUGUUCCAGUUGCAUCAUCAAAUUCCGAAGAUUUAAUCCCAAAAGAAGAAUUUGAACUUGUUAAAUGGAAUACAAAGAAGGAUAAAAUCGGUAAAAAUGUUGUAGUAAUGGAUCGUAAGGCAUUUUUGCCACAUGACUCGCCCAAAGAUACAAUAGGAGGUAUUCGUGCCACCCAACCAUUAAAUGACAGUAAUGGAUUUUGUUAUUUUGAGGUUAUAAUUGAUAACUUAGAACGUGGUCAAAUUUCAAUUGGUCUUGCUCAACAAGAAUAUCCAAAUAAUCUUCAUAUUGGCUGGAUAAAGAGUUCUUAUGGCUACCAUAGCGAUGAUGGCAGAAAGUUUAAAUGUAAAGAAGAACCAGGUGUUAAUGAAGGAGAACCAUAUGGAGAAAGCUAUAAAAAAGGUGAUGUCAUUGGUUGUGGUAUGAACUUUAAGUACAAAGAAAUCUUUUUCACAAAGAAUGGCAUGUAUAUUGGUUCGGCCUUUUCAAAUGUUUAUUACACCCUAUAUCCAUCUGUUGCUUUAAGUGAACCUGGAACCUCUAUAAUAGGAGUUUUUAGUCCACCAUUUAAAUUUACACAAAUUGCAUUAAUGAUAAAAAAUUUCCCGCAACCAAGUUUUAUGUUACCAAAACAACAACAACCCAACAUUACAUCCACUACUACAACAACCACCACAACAUCAUCUUCAAAUAUUAAAUCUAGUAACAAUGACUCAAUAUUUAAUUUAGAUUCAUCAGCAAUGACAACAGUCAGUAAAAGAACUUCGCCACCACAUUCAAUUGGAGGAGGUGGUUCUUAUAAUUCGCUUUCAUCUUUCUCUUCUUUAAGUAGCGGCCCAACUUCAAAUUCACCAAUGUCAUCAUCAACUUCUAUUCCACCACCACCCAGUCAUUUCUCUUCAUUAUGGUUUAAUGGAGGUGGAAAUGAAAGUUCUAACAAUGGAGGUAGUGGAAAUAUUACAAAUACUCAACUUAAUAACCAGUUAUUAAAUAGACAUUGUGUAUCAUUACCUGUUGUCCCAUCAAGCUCAAAUAAUCUUACAGGCUUAUCAAUGACAUUCCCUUCAAUUUCACCAAAUUCAUCACCACAAGUUUCACCAAGAAAGAAUUUAAGUAGCAGCGAUGAUUUACAAUUUGUUCAGUUCCAAGAUGACGGCCAACCACCCUCUGCAUGGAGACGUUGUGGUAAAUCAAUUAAAAUGAAAGAUGAUAAUAUCACAUUAACAAUGAUGAGGAAAAAGACUUCAGUUGCAAUGGCAGAUCGUCCAUUUUCACCCAACUCACCAACCACUAUUUGUUAUUUCGAAGUUUAUCUUGAAGGUCAUGACAAGAAAGGUUCUAUUACUGUUGGUUUGUCACAUUCAACAUAUCCAUUUAAUAAACAUAUUGGUAGAGAACCAAAAUCAUAUGGUUAUUCAAGCGAGGGUGAAAAGUUUGGAGGCUCAGAAGAAGGUGAACCAUAUGGACCAACAUUUUUUGGUGAUGGAGAUUGUGUUAUUGGUUGCGGUAUUAACACCAGUACUAAAGAAAUAUUUUUUACAAAGAAUGGUCGAUAUAUAGGUGUAGCAUUUUGGAAUGUCCCAUCAGAACCCCUUUAUCCAUCAGUUUCAUUCAGAGGUAUUGUGGGUGGAAUUUGUAUCGCCACUUUCCAUACCCAUUUUAAAUUCAACUUUGAAGAUUUACCAGGUGUUUCCCCAUCUAUUUGGACAAAGAAUUUAGGACCAGACCGUCAAAAUAAUGGAUUUAAAAAUUGGCCACCAAAUGAUGUUGGCAUUUGGCUUGAAGCAAUCAAUUAUAAACAAUACAAAAAGAAUUUCCAUGAUAAUAAUAUUUCAGGUCGUCAUUUAAUUAAUAUUAAUAAUAGAGAUCUCAAGAAUGAAUUGAAAAUCGAACCAUUUGGUCAUAGAGAUGAUAUCCUCGACCGUCUCAAGAAAAUGAGAGAAAUUUGGAAUAUUAAGAGUCCAGAAUCAUAUCAAGGUUCAGAAGGUUCGUUAAUGGAUGAUAAUAAGAAAUCUCUUAAGUGGAGGGAUAGUAGCAACGAAAGUGAAGAAGAAACCAUUUCAGAUAUCUCUCAUUCUGGAAAAAUAACACGCCCAAUGAAAUCUUAUUCAGCCAAAGAAAUAGAAGAUAGAAAUCGUAGAAGCACAAUUGGCGGAAUUGAAAAGAAAAAUAAAUUCUUUGUUGAUCAAGACCGAACACUAGCAGAUUCUAUGGGUUCAGAUGAUUCAGAAUUUAUACAACAACCAGACGAAAAGACAUCCUCAAAAACUUUAAAUCAACAACAAAUAAGAUAUUUACAACAAAAAGGUCCAGAAAAAGAUAUUAUCACAACAAAUAAUCCAUAUAAUACAUUUUCACCAAGUAUAACUCAUCCACCCCAACAAAAGAAUAGUGUUUCAAAUAGCAAGAGCAAUAAUAAUAAUAACAAUAAUAGUAAUAGUAAUAAUAAUUUCUCACUUCCUCCAAUUAUUGGCAAUUCAGGUGGUAAUAUACCUCAAAUUCAUCAUACAUUCCUUCAACCACAAGAUAUUCUUCCAACAUCAAAAUUCUAUACCCAAAACUCAAAUAAUAAUGUCAAUGUAAAUAAUAAUCCAAAUAAUAUCCUAAUAAAUUUCAAACCAAUAGCAAAUGCUAAUACAAAUAAUUCAUUAUCAACGUCAUCAUUACCUCAACCCCAACAACAACAACAAAUCACAUCAUCAAGUAGUGUUGGCCAACAACAAUUCCAACAAUCACAGUCAUUAUCUCAACAACAAAUUUCCACUCCGCCACCAAGAUUUGAAUACGAAAUUGAUUUCAAUGAAUUAGAAUUUGGUCCAACAAUUGGUAAAGGUUUCUUUGGUGAAGUUAAAAAAGGUUAUUGGAGAGAAACUGAUGUAGCCAUUAAGAUUAUUUAUCGUGAUCAAUUUAAAACCAAAUCUUCGUUAGUAAUGUUCCAAAAUGAAGUUUCAAUUUUAAGCAAACUAAGACAUCCAAAUGUUGUACAGUUUUUGGGUGCUUGUACAGCUGGUGCUGAAGAACAUCAUUGUAUAGUAACUGAAUGGAUGGGAGGUGGCAGUCUAAGACAAUUUUUAACAGAUCAUUUCACUAUUUUAGAAGACAAUCCUCAUCUUCGUCUCAAGAUUGCUUCAGAUAUCGCCAAGGGUAUGUGUUAUUUACAUGGUUGGACCCCAGCAAUUUUACACCGUGAUUUAUCUUCAAGAAAUAUUUUAUUAGACCACAGCAUCGACCCAAAUAACCCAUCAAGAGGUUACUCAAUCAAUGACUUCAAAUCCAAAAUUUCAGAUUUUGGUCUUAGCAGAUUAAAGAUGGAACAGGGUCAAUCAAUGACCUCAUCAGUUGGCUGUAUACCUUAUAUGGCACCUGAAGUUUUCAAAGGUGAAAGUAAUAGCGAAAAAAGUGAUGUUUAUUCAUAUGGUAUGAUACUUUGGGAACUCCUUACUUCUGAUGAACCACAACAAGAUAUGAAACCAAUGAAAAUGGCUCAUUUGGCUGCUUAUGAAUCCUACCGUCCACCUAUCCCAUUAACCACCCCACCAAAAUGGAAAGAAUUAUUAACCCAAUGUUGGGAUACAAAUCCAGAUAAACGUCCAACCUUUAAACAAAUCAUUGCCCACUUAAAAGAAAUGAGUGAACAAGGUUUAUCUUCUUUCGCCCCUGUUCUUCCCCAAGUGAUAGAUACUGGCGUAUAUGCUUAAAAUGGAACC